AUGCCGCCUCCCCGCCCGAGCGCCCGCGUCGAGGAGGAGAACCUCCUCGUUCGCCUGGCGGCUCGGUGCGCGUCCGGGCGCCAGCUCGAUCAGCUCCACGCCCGCGCCGUGCUCCUCGGCCACGCCCGAAACAGCUUCGUCGCCGCCAAGCUCGUCCGCGCCUUCGCCGACCUCGGCCACCUCGGCCGCGCGCGCGCGGUGGCCACGGCGCUCGGCCCCGCCGCCAACGCCUUCGUAUGGACAGCGCUAGUGCGAGCGCACUCCCAGUCGGACGCCUCCGCGCGCGAUGCCGUGGCGCUCUACGCCCAGAUGCAUCACGGUUGCCCGGGGAUCAAGCCGCUCACCUUCACCGUUUCCUCAGUGCUGAAGGCGGCGGCUCGCCGCAAGAUGCUGCAGGAAGGCGAGCAAGUUCACGUGCACGUGUUCAAGAAUGGAUUCCAAACCGACGAACGCAUUGCGACGACGUUGGUUGAUUUCUAUGCGAAGUGCAGCAGGCUGGAUGACGCCCGCAGGGUGUUCGACAGAUUGUCCGUUAAGGAUGCUCAGCUGUAUAACACUAUGAUUGCUGCACAUAUGGAGGUAGGUGAGGUGGAGCGUGCAGAGGAGCUCUUUGAGACGAUGCCGGAGAGUAAUGCAUACACUCUUGUGGAAAUGGUUUGUGGGUACUCCGCACGUGGUGAUAUGGACUCUGCAAAGCGUCUCUUUGAAAUAGCAGUGGCAAAGGGAGCAGAAAACUCGGUCGUGUGUACAGCCAUGAUAUCUGGCUAUGCAAAAACGGGCAAUGCUGAUGAUGCUAGGGCCGUCUUUGAUGGAAUGAGAGUGCGGGAUGCUGCAACCUGGAAUGUGAUGAUUGGCGUGUAUUCAGGUGCUGGUCGGGCUGCAGAGGCUGUGGAUCUCUUCAAGAUUAUGCUGGAGACUAGAGCAAGGCCAAAGGUGGAGCCAAACCACACUACAAUCUCUAUUAUUGCAGCUGCAUGCGCGCAGUGUGGGUUACCGACUCAGGCUAGUUGGAUACAGGAUUAUGUGGAUCGUCAUAUGAUGUUGUUGAAUAGCCAUACUGUAGCUGCCCUCAUUGAUAUGCACUCAAAGUGUGGUAAUAUAGAAAGGGCACUUGACUUGUUCUGCAGCUGGAGGCAAAGAGAUCUUAUCUGUUAUAGUUCUAUGAUCUCUGCGUUGGGCAUGCAUGGCCGUGGAAAAGAUGCAAUUGCGGUUUUUAACGAGUUGUGUGACAAUGGCUUCGAUCCCGAUGAAAUCUGUUUUGUGUCAGUCCUCAAUGCUUGCAGUCAUACAGGUCUGAUUGAUGAGGGACGCCGAUACUUCAAGACGAUGAAGGAUGACUACAACAUUAUUCCUACUGUAGAACAUUACCUGUGCGUGGUGGACUUGCUUGGUCGUGCGGGAUGCAUUGAUGAAGCUUACCAAAUGAUCACACAUGAGAUGCCAAAGGACAUUGAACCACAUGCUGGAAUUUGGGGCGCUCUGUUAAGUGCCUGUAGGACUUACUCAAAUGUCGAGAUUGGGGAGGUGGCAGCAAGUCACCUAUUCAAGUUGGAACCAAAUAACGUGGGGAAUUAUGUCCUGCUUUCAAAUAUAUACGCAAAUGCAAAGAAGUGGGAUGGAGUCCAAAAGGUUCGAGCCCUCCUGAGGAGACAAGGAAUGAAGAAGCCGCCUGGGUGGAGCCAAGUUGAUGCUGAAGGCAGUCUUAGAGAGUUUAUCACCGGUGAGCUUGACAGUGUUCUAGAGGCGGUCUUGGAGAUACUGAAUUGGGAGCUCAAGGAUCAUGGUUACAAGCCAAUCAUAGAAGAUGAAUGA